CAGGACAUGGGCUGACUGAAUUUGGUAGUAGCAUUCUGCUUUCACAUUUUCUAAACUUUUUUUGAGAGCAUGUCAGCCACAUCAUCAGGCAAGAUGUCUACAGGUUCAACUUCCAGUCCCACGGCAGUGGAGCUCAAGCCCGUGGACAGUCUGAUUGAGAAUGAAGCCGAGAGGAAUUUUUUGCUAUCCAAGCCCACCUGUUUUGUGGUCUUUGGGAAACCAGGAGUAGGCAAGACUACCCUUGCUGAGAAACUGGCCCAGGCUUGGAAAUGUGUACUCAUAGAUGAUACUGACUUGCUGAACAAUCUAAUAAACAGCCAAAUAAAUGAUGAGGAACAGCCACCAUCAGAGAUGCUUCAAAGACUCAGGAGUGGAAAAGCCAUCCCAGAGGAAAAAGUGGCCAAGCUGGUAGUGGAGAAACUGAACUCACCUGAGGUGCAGCAUUAUGGGUAUGUGCUGAGCUGCAUGCCCACCAUAUCGGAGGAGUACAUGGCCAUCCAUGAGCAGAUUGAACUCCUCCGAAACUUGCCUCUGUCUCCAGACGUCAUCAUCAACAUCAAGUGCUCGGACUGGGACCUGGUCCAGCGGGUGUCGGGCCAGCGGCAGCACGCCCUGACAGGCCGCUUCUUCCAGAGGCAGCAGUGGAACCCUGAGAAGAGGGAGCCCAAGAAGAGCCAGGUGGACAAGGAAGAGGAAGAAGAGGAGGAGGAGGACAUAGUGGAGCAGACUGAGGAGGUGGAGCUGCAGAAAGACAUGAUUACCCACCUGGUGCGUUUGAGGGACCACCACCCGGACAUCGUCUACCCAAGGAUCAUGCUCUACAAAGAUGCGGUGCUCAGACCACUGGAGGACUACAUGGCUGAUCAUCACCCUAUGUAUCGGUUCGACGUGGAUGGAAAUCAGUCCUCCGAGGACAUCUUCAUGUCUGUGAUCUCUCGUCUGGACAGCAUGGCUCUGCCGCGUGCCGCUGUUCCUAUUCGGCUGCAGCAGAUGGAGGAGGAGGACAUCCCUGAUGAGAUCGACUCGGAGGAGCUGUUGCGCACGCUGUCCUCCAGGCAUACGCCGGCGCCGGGCGUGCGCUGGAGAAGGAGCCGCUGGGGCCGAGUCUGCCCCGUGGCCCUCAAGGAAGGCAGCAUCAUCCAGGGCAAGCCAGAGUUCGCUGUGGGGUUCCUGGACAAGAUCUACAUCAUGUCCACGCCGCUGGCCCUCUACAAGUUCCUGUCCAACCCGCGCCGCUACCUGCUGGAGCCCAUGCCCCGGCCGCCCUGCAAGGUGGCGGUGAUCGGGCAGCCCUGCACGGGCAAGACCACGCUGGCCCUGCAGCUGGCAGGCCACUACGGAGCCGUGGUCAUAGACAUGGAGGAACUCAUGAAGCCCGUCCUGGCCACCCUCCAUAAGACCACACUCGAGAAGGUGAAAAAGGACACCACAGCCUCAGCCAUCGAGAUGCUCAAAGUUAGGAAGGCUAUGGAUGACAUGUUUGACAAAGAUAAGCUGAAAGAGAAGGCUGAUCCCAAGGACGCUGACAUACAAUCAGAUGCAAGUGACGGGAGCAGCAAAGGAGACGAGGUGACCGAGGACCAUCCCGAGGUACAAGCCAUCGUCCAGGAGGCCUUGAAGAAGGCAGACGGCAACCAGCCCAAGGCCCCUCUUGACAUGUACGUGGAGGCCUUAAGCAAACGCAUCCAGGAGAUUGAGUGUGAGGAGACGGAGCAGGGCCUGAAGAGGGGCUGGGUGCUGGAUAACUUCCCGCGUAACCUGGCGCAGCUGGCCACCCUACAGGAGAGCCAGUCAGAGGUGGCCCCCGACAUCCUCUUCUGUGUCAUGCUGUCCGAUGACGAAGACCGUAAGACUAUCCUGACGCGUCUCUAUGAGAAGAAUAAGGAGCAGGUGGACUCUGCAGUCCUCAAGAGGCUUCAAGAGGAAGAGGCGCGCAAGGCUCAGAAUGCCUUCAAUCGAGUACAAGAUACCUAUGACGACAAUAAGCUACAAUCUGUUCCUGAGGAGCCUGAGCCUGCAGAGCAGGCCCAGCCUGUGGUGAAGGCCCCCGAGCAGCCCUAUCCCGAGUGCCAGGAGAUGGAGGCCUUCAAGGCCUCUCUGGGUGCCUUUGCCCAGGAGUGGACCUCCAUGGAGCUGUCUGUCACCAUGCGCUACGCCGUCCUGCCCAUCGUGCAGCCCAGCACGCAGCCACAGCUGCUCAGCGAGAUGAUCGCACACAUGGAGCGUCCCUUCAAGUACUCAGCCUGGGAGCUGUCUGGUGUGGAUCUGGACGAGGAAGAGGAGGACGCGCAGGCAAACACGGAGGAUGUUGACGAGGCUGAGGAAGAGGAGGAGGAGGGCUCCAGGCGGGUGCUGGGCGACACCAAGCACUUCUGCCCGGUCACGCUGAAGGAGCUGGGCUGCCUGGUGCCCUGCCAGGACGAGUUUGCCGCCAAGUACCGCGAGAAGGCCUACUAUUUCUCCGGCCAGGAGGCGCGCGAGCGAUUUAUCAGCAGCCCCGAGGACUACGUCUGCACCACAGACCUCCUCAAGCCCCCGGCUCUGCGUCUGCUGCUGCUGGGCGUGCGGGGCUCGGGUAAGACCAGUCAGGGCCGUUGGCUGGCUCAGCAGCUGGGCCUCUUCCACGUGCAGUUCCGUGAGUGCCUGCAGGAGCUGCUGAUCGCCAAGACCAAGAGGCGCGUGUGCCGCACCGACGAGGUGGAGCCCCAGGAUGAGCCCCCCGAGGAGCUGGAGAGCCUACGCAGACAGGUGGAGUAUCUGGACAAGGAGUCAGUGGAUAAAGAGGGGGAUGAAGAGGAGGGGGAGGCGGAGGACAAGGGGGAGGCCACUGACAAGGGGCACAAUGAUGCCGCUGGCUCGGAGAGCGAAAAAGAGGAGCCAGAGCUGACAGAUGAGGAGGAGGCCAUCAAGGCGUACCUGCAGGAUGGAACACCGCUGCCUCGGGAGGUCCUGGACACCGUGCUCACACAGUGGUGGACAAAGGAGCCCUACAGGUCCACAGGGUUUGUGCUGGAGAACUUCCCCCAGACCGCGGAGGAGCUUCACUACCUGGCGGAGCAGCACCUGUUCCCGGACGCGGCCAUCAUCAUGUCCCUGGACGUGGCGGAGGUGGUGCCGCGCUUCCUGCCCACGCUGAUGGAGCGCUGGCGGGAGAAGCGCAACCGCAAGAGGGAGCUGAGACGCGAGAUCAAGGAGCUCAACAUCGCUCUCAGGGCCCACAACAUUGCCAGAAGGAAAGCUGAACUCAUAGCCGAACAGACCGCUAAAAGGAAUGAGAGGAGGUGGGGUCCGGGCGAGGAGGGGGAAUCGGACGGGGAGGAGGAGCACGAGGAGGAGUGGGAGCUGGAGGUGAGCACCCAGCUGCUGGAGGAGUUCCCCCCCGACGAGGAGGGGGAGGAGGGGGAGGACGAGGAGGCAGAGAGCGUGGCCGAGGAGCGCCUGGUGGGCGAGAUCUCCACACGCUUCGACAACGACGACAACGUCCUCACCACCAUGGGGGACCAGCUGGCUGACAGGCUGGUGCCGCGUAUAGUGAUGGCGGCGGGCGCGAAUGAACGCAUCGUUCGUUACCGGCUGCUGCAGAGGGUCCGGCCCCUGCUGGAGAACCGGGAGGCCCUGUUCCUGCGUGCCCAGCCCGUCAGCUCCACCCUGGCCCUCAAGCUCAUCCACAACUCCUACCGCUUCAGCAGCGCCUUCGGACGCUGGGACCCCGUGUUGAUUUCCGAAGGCGAUCUGAUCCAGCCCGUGCAGGGUCCGUCCAACCCCUCCUACCCGCUGAUACUCGGCCAGUUCAUCUAUUUCUUCAGCUCCAAGGUCACGCGCGGGGCCUUCCUCAGCAACCCCCUCAAGUACCUCCGCCAGCACGUGCCCCAGUACUCCGUGCCUAUCAGGAUGGCUAUCGUCGGGCCACCCAAGUCGGGCAAGACCACACUGGCCAACAAGUUUGUGAGCCAGUUCGGCAUGAUGAGUCUGUCCCUGGGCCUGGUGAUCCGGAGGGUGCUGAGCCAUCAGCCCCACGGGGAGCUGGCCACGCAGAUGCUCCAGCACCUCCACCAGGGCCACAGCGUGCCCGACCAGCUGGCCAUACAGUGCCUGGAGGUGGUGCUCAUGGACCUGGCCUCCAGCACGCGCGGGUACGUGCUGGAUGGCUUCCCCCUGUCUAAGCAGCAGGCUGAUCUGAUGGAGGAGCGCGGCAUCAUCCCCAUGGUGGUGGUGGAGAUGGAGCUGGACACCGUGGAGGUCAUCAGGAGGGGCCUGGUGGACAAGCUCAAGUCUAGCAGGUCCUACCCUGAUCACGACAGCCCGUCCAUCCUGUCGGUGCGCAGUGCCUGUUUCCGCCAGGAGGUGGGGCCGCUGCGGCAGCACUACCAGGAGCAGCGCCGCAACUGGCUGCCCGUGGACGGCCUGCGCAGCAAGUGGUGGGUGUGGAGCCACGUGCUGGAGCACACCCGCCUCUGCAGUGCCAACGUCCACAGCUACAUGGAGCGCACACGCCAAGGCCAGGCGGCCAGCAUCGGGCAGCUGUGCGUCACCCCGGAGGAGCUUCAGGCUCGGCUGGGCGAGUUCGGCCUGUACUGCCCCGUCAGCCUGGCCGAACAGCACCACCUGGUGGACUGCUCGCAGGACAGCUCCCAGCUGCUAGUGGCAGAGUACCGUGGACACUACUACAAGAUGGCCACGCAGGAGGGCCUGCAGAAAUUCCUGGAGACUCCUGAGCGCUUUGUGAUCCCAGGAUGCCCGUACUCGCUGCCCCCUGCCCACCUGCUGCCCCGCAAGCUGAGCGCAGCACAGGUCAAGAGCCGCUUCCCCCAACAGGUGGAGCUCAAGGGUUUCUGCCCCGUCACCUACGGAGACGGCCACCUGAGGUAUGAGGCCCUGGUGAGGGGGAACCCGGAGUUUGCAGUGGAGUACAGGGAGAAGAUCUACAUCUUUGAGAGUCGGGAGAAACAGGAGAAGUUCCUCAGGGUACCUCAGUUGUACUGUGACCAGAAGCUCCCCCAUAAGCUGCCUCCGUUGGGAGAGCCUGUCCAGCUCACCUCCCUCCCCAUGCUGGGCUACCUGGAGCAGGGUGUUGCAAGGCCCCUCAUCAAGGCAAUGACAGCGGUGGGCUGCUUGAAACCCAAGUUUCCAUUCUUAAGUGUGAAGAGAUCUGCUUUGCUGUAUAUGGCCUACUACCUCAAAGCAUUCAAUCCUCGUCUCUCAGACUACACCCGGAAGAAGUUCAAGCGCCAGUUGGCCCAGUUUGAGGAGAGCUGUGAGCUCAUCACCUACCUAGGCUCCACCAUGACCCUGAAGUACAGAGAGCCUGAGCAGCAGCCCAUAGACUUUGAAUAUAAACUUCAAAGAUUCUUGGCUUUGCAGACCGCCUCAGGACUCCCGCAGCAAGCUGGACUAUAAAAAGUAUUACAAGACUGUUACUGUGUUGGUGUGACCUAUCACUGCGACUUUAAUUCUCUCACAAGAUAGAACUAUGGCAUCAUCACUGAAGUGUCUAAAAUAUAUUUUAAUAUUGGGCUAAUUGGACUAAUUACCAGUGUUUCUCCCCUUUUUUCUUAUUAAUAUAAUUUAAAUAAAAGAUAUACCGGUAGCCUAUCAGUGCUGCUAUUUCAA